AUGACGUCAGUUCCUGUCCCAUCGGGAGCUGACGUUGCUCCGAGGUCGUUUGUUGACCAGAAGAGGGAAGGUGACUUCGGUAGCAUUUUGUCCAACUCUAACCCCUUACUGAACGGGUUCUUGGUAAAUUAUCGACCAUGUCUUCCUUUGGAAGGGCGUUAGGAGUCAUCCGGACCGGAACUCGGCUGCUCAGGAGCGGUCCAGGAAGGAUAACAAGCAGAAAAGCCAGCGGUGGACCGCACAUCGAGCCGCAGUACAGACAGUAUCCCCAGCUAACCAAGAAACAGAAGUUCGAGUCCGAACUAAUCAGUGGGGCCAUGUGGUUCUGGAUCCUCUGGCACUGCUGGCAUGAUCCAGAUGCAGUCCUGGGUCAUUUCCCCUGGCCGGAUGCCUCUGCAUGGACCGAUGAGCAACUCGGCAUCCCACCAGAUGACUAAGAUGACCACAACAAACUGAAGCUGUUUUGCAUCUUCCAGAUGUUCUGAAGUCAUCGUCGUGUACAUAGCUCAAUAAAGUUAUCUUUAAGUUAAA